AUGUUUUCAUCUCUCCUUAUUUUGCUGUUGUCUUCACUCUCUUCUAUAGACGCUACUAGAUUCAAAUUGGGAAUCAAGCCAGACUUUUGUUAUGCUUACGAGCAGCCGGGUUUUCUUAGUGCCUUGAAGGUCGAGGGUGAAAGCAGCGGUCGGCCUAAACUAGACAGUCAUACCAAUCGCACCACAUCACCCUCGCCAUCUACCCCUUGGACAGGAAAGGCAGAGUGCAUUUCCGAUCAGAAUUCAAAUGAAUCGUUUUGCGUAUAUACCAACCAGAAUUUCGCCGAUGGCCGAGGGAUAUCGUUUUUCACAACGCCCUCCAUUGCUGAGAAAGUCACCACACUUGCAGCAUUCACCCAGAAAGGGGUACAUGAUAAUGUCAACGUUUUUGAUAACCCACCCUGGAAGGUGGUAAACGUUCCAGGGAGGGGUAACGGCCUUUUCGCAACUAGAACGCUCCGCCGUGGAGACUUGAUACUUGCGGAUACACCGCUUGGAGUAUACAACAGCGAAGCAUUCUUCCCGGACUAUCAAAUCGGAUAUAAAUAUCUUCGGAAGACUUAUGAGCAACUGCCCGAAAAGUCUAAACAAAUCCUCCUCAACACUGCUGCGCACUCUCCUGGUGAUCCAAUCAUGGAGAGAAUCAACACGAACGCUUUCGCUGGAGAAUUUGAGGGGACAUCGCACUUCUUUUUAUACCCAGAGACUGCACUUCUAAAUCAUGAUUGCCGUCCAAACACUAUGUAUUAUCACAAUACUUCAACUCUCGUCCAUUCCGCUCAUGCAUCCCGAACGAUUCUUCCGGGAGAAGAAAUCACAAUUACUUAUAUCAACUUAUUACAAUCACGAUCAGAACGUCAAGAUGUUCUAAAGAUGAUCUGGGGGUUUGAAUGCACAUGUUCGCUUUGCUCCAAAAAUUCUGCGACAUCUCGACGUUCGGAUGAUAAUAUCCAGCAUAUUACUAAUCUUCAUAUGAAUCUUGCAGACUGGAGCUCUGCAUCCACAGCAACUCCAUCCAUGGCAGAAUCGCUUCUUUCCCUCUACAAGAAGGAACAAAUUCACGCCGCUAUUGGCACAGGACACAUGUUUGCAGCUUUAGCGUAUAAUGCAGUUGGGAACAUCCGGAUGGCGGUCAAGCAUGCAAAGUUAGCGAUUGAGGCGGGCAUGGUGACUAGCGAGUCAUCUGAAGAUGAUACGGUCCAGAUGAUGGCUCUACUAGAAGACCCGAAGGUACAUUGGAGUUUUAAGGCUAGGUCUAGACGGGGAUGA